GCUUGGCAGUCUGAUUGUGUAAACAGCCUGACUGAAUUUUGCAUUUUAUUCAGGCAGGUCCUGCUGAAGAUGGCUACAAUUGCAGCCUUGCUUAUUCUAACAGUAUUGGCUGCCUCUUUAACAGAUGCUACAGAAACUGCUGAGAAAGCGGACCCCUUUGUGUAUAACUACGGUCAGCUGCGUGUGGGAGGUCUGAUCAUGGCUGCUGUCCUCUGUCUCAUUGGCAUCUGCAUCCUCUUCAGUAACCGUUGCAGAUGCAAAUUCAAACAAGACAACAGGAAAAGGGCCAACAGCACUUCUGCUACAACCGAGCAACUGCUUUCAUCUCCAGCCCGGGCUAGCGAGUGCUGAAAUGGCAGAGCAAGUCUUACAACAAACGUGGCCUCUUGCAGCUACUGUUUUGAUGGUGAUAGGUCAAGGGUGUAAUUAAGCUUUUUAAAAUGUGUAGGACAGAGGUUCCCAUCAAAGGGUACUGUUGGAUCCUGGAGAUGUGAUGUGUCUAAUUUAAUAUCACAACAUGUACACUUGCAUUUUGAUAGUAAAUUUGGACUUAUUUGUAUCUAUUCCAAUAAAGUGUUUCUCCCCUUUUUAACCCCCCUCCCCCCUAA